AUAGAGUCAGCUCGAGUGCAGGUGCUGGAUGGAUUGUUACACAGCAACAUCAAAGUCUGUACUUCGGGGUGAAAACCCCAUGCUGUGAAAGUUCUAUGAAGAUGCAUCCUCCAUUGCAUGGUGUAGCUUGGGUGCUCCUGCUUCUCGCCACUCAGCAAUGUGCAAACUCUAGGCAAGAUAAAUGGCACACAACUGAAAUCUCUCAGCAAGAAGAGAAAUGGCACACAGCGGAAAGCUCACGGCAAGAACAGAAAUGGCACUCUGCCUAUUGCGGCUCAUACUCAUGUAUGAAUGGAGGGAUCUGUGCAAACGACUGGCACCACUGGCAUUGGCAUAGCCAGUGGCACUGGCACGAGAACUGGCAUCAAGGUUACUAUUGCUACUGCCCACCAGGCUUGUAUGGCCCCUACUGUGAAUACUACGACGUAUGCAACUCGUUCACAUGUUCAAAUGGAGGGAUCUGUGCGAAUCACUGGCACCCGUACUGGCACUCGGGCUGGGAAUCAGGCUGGCACUCGGAUUGGCAUUGGCACCCGCAAUGGCAUUGGCACUACAACCACGGUUAUUAUUGCUACUGCCCUCCCGGCUGGACUGGCCCCUACUGUGACCAAUAUGAUUAUUCAACGUCGACACCAAGCACAGACGUAUGCAACUCGUUCACAUGUUCGAAUGGAGGGAUCUGUGCGAAUCACUGGCACCCGUACUGGCACUCGGGAUGGCACUCGGGCUGGGAAUCAGGCUGGCACUCGGCUUGGCAUUGGCACUACAGCAACGGCUAUUAUUGCUACUGCCCUCCCGGCUGGAUUGGCCCUUACUGUGACCACUAUGAAUAUUCUUUGUCGACACCAAGCCCAGAUAAGUGUCAACCGAAUCCGUGUCUCAACGGUGGGACCUGUGUGGAUUACGGGUCUUGGCAUCCUGAAAACAUCCAUUGCUACUGCUAUGGAGGUUAUUGGGGCGACAUCUGCCAAUACUAUGAUUAUUCAUGGUCGACACCAAGCACAGAAUAUGCAUUGUCGACACCGAGCCCAGAUCAGUGCCAACCGAACCCGUGCCUCAACGGUGGGACCUGCGUGGAUUACGGGUCUUGGCAUCCUGAAAACUUCCAUUGCUACUGCUACGCAGGUUAUUGGGGCGACAUCUGCCAAUACGAUGAUUAUUCACGGUCGACACCAAGCCCAGAUGGAGCAUCACUGCAAGUGAACUGCACUUCGGAAUACAUAGAGUUUAAGAUCCCGCAGAGUAAAGUGAACUCGCUCGGCCUCUCAAAUUACGAUGUCCACCUGGAGGACCCCUCGUGCCGGGGAUACUCCACCGGACACUACGUGGUCCUGCAAACCCACCUCCAGGCCUGUGGCACCACGAGCCAGACAAUCGGCGACACCGUUGUGUACACGAACACGGCGUACGGCUUCAUACCAGGGACGAAGUUCAAGAAGCUGCGCAUCCCCUUGCACUGCUACGUCGGCAACCAGGGAAAGGUCGUGGCCAGCUUUGCUCCAAGGGUUCACGACCAGUACAGCACGGCCCAUUUUGAACUGAGUAUGAAGCUCUACACGAACUGGCAUUUUGACCAUCCCAUCUCUUCGUACCCAUUCUCAGUGGAGCUCGGAGAUACAAUCUAUGUGGAGGUGCUGCUCAACUCCUACGAACAUGACCAAGAGCUGAUGCUGGUCACGUGCAAGGCCUCCCCCUACCCAGGGGCCUCGGAGAGUGACUCCUACAUCUUGCUCCGAGAAGGGUGCCCUGAGGACCAUUCUUACAACAUCUACCCGAGCAGCGAUGACACGAAGAAGCACUUCAGCUUCCAGAGCUUAGAGAUGAGCAACGGUGCACAGGUCUAUCUGGAGUGCACUGUUCACGUGUGCAAUGCCUUGGACUGGCACUCGCGCUGCCGACAAGGCUGCAUUGAGCGCGGCAACCGGACGGCACGCGACGUUGGAGAGGAGCCGCACGCGGCAGCGGAGAAACCCAUCGACCUGUCCCAGGGCCCCGUGCUCGUGCUGCGCAAACAACGGGACGCCUCUCUGGAGCAAGGCAGCUCUGGAAUGCCCGGCUGGACGGGCAUGGUGUAUGCCUUGGCUGCCACCCUGGCCAUCAGUACCGUCUGCGUGGCCACGGUGAAAAUCUACCGGCUUCGCACCACCAGGAUUCGGUAUCUCCCAAUCUCCACCACUGAUGAAUGAAUGACUGAACAGGCCGUGCGCUCUUUUUGCUUAAAUUAUGAGCUGCACCACGUACUUUUCUAACCAUAAAUCACUUAAGUCUCACUUUAAUUUGCCAUUUAUUUAAACUUUGAUUCAAAUAGAGUAGAGCUGGUUAGUUGCAACCAUUUAUUGAGCUCGCAGUGUAUUCAGGUAUCAUUGAGAUAUAUGUUAACUUCCAGAGGUGUGAAGAUACCUAUAUUAAUUAAACAACAUUGCUUCUUAAGGCUUACAUCUAGUUGCGUGUGUAAAGAAUGGUUGCUUUUCAAUUCAUGGGAAAUAUAUCAGAGAACACUUUCCAACACGUAUAAGGAGACUUUAUGUAAAGCAUAAAAAUACAUAUUUCUAGUCAUCAAAGCUGGAAUAUUAGCCAAAUUAAUAAAAAAUGUGGCGGUUUUUAUAUGCAGUGAUUGGUGACCAGGCUGAGAUAAUAAAUUCGCUUUAAUUGAGAAUUCGGCUUAAUCACAAAAUAAUUAAGUGGGGGUUUUAAGCGAGAUGUCCAGCGGUGUUGGGCGGGACUCCUGAGACAACCAGUCCCCUCUAUUUUGCAAAGAUCUUAUGUACAAAAAAUACACCUUUUGAGUGUCGUCAACUGACUGUGAACCAGAUGUUGAACCAGGUGGAUGCAUGGAAACGGUGGCGGUAUUUGAAGGCAUCGACAGCAUUGGCCAUGAUGAUCAUUUUACAUUUCAAUACAAGUUCCUGGAUGCAACCGCUGCACUCUCUCCAGUGCCAUUUUAUCGCUACUACACUUAUUAGUAAUUACUCUUUUAACUUAUCAGUAAUUCUGAACACUUAUGCGGAACAUGUCCUGUUGAAAUGGAGUUCGUUUUUAUUAUGCAGCGUGAUUUUUUUUGCAAGAAAAGGGAUGUCCAACAUAUGUUCGCCUGCUUCCUAUUAUCCUGCACAAAUAAACCGUUCAACAUUC